UAUUAUUUGAAUAUGAUUAACAAAUUAUAAUAAUUAUAAUGAUAGAAAAUUGAAGAUUCUGAAUUCCGAACAAAUCCUAAUUGGCAACUACUACCAAGACAUAAAGAUAGCCAGUUCAAAUUACCUAACAAUGUGGGUAUUGCGCCCGAGGACUGCAUCAUAACCACAAGACUAAAUUAUUAUACUCAAGACUGCCCAAUUCUCUUAAAAUCUGAAAUCACUGAGCGAUUCAAUGUACCUCAUUUGAAAAAUUUCAGUCUAUGCAUGAUCACAAUCAAUUUAAAGCAAACCUCUAAUACAAAUAUGUCAAAUUUAACAAGACAAUAUCUGCAUGCUGCUUUUGGUAUAAGUGAUCGUCUUCAAAGUGCUGGUUAUUGGGCUGAUUUCAUACAUCCUUAUACUGGACUUCCAGCCAUUAAUCCAGGACUCAAUAUUGAUUUUUCCGCUCUUGAAUUACCAUACAAACAUACUGUUUAUCAAGUCAAUACACGCAGAAAGUGCAAAGUGAUUGUAGAAAAAAUGUCUCCUAAUACUAUUGGUAACUUAUUUACAAAUGCCUUGCCUUCAAAAACUGAUGUUGUCGAAGAUAUUUUGGAGGAAGUUAGUGAUUUACAUCAAAAUAGCUAUGAUUGAAUUUUUCUUUUCUAGUUAAAAUUAUAACAUGAUGUCAUUUAUUUUAAAAUAUAUUAUAGAUUAUAUUAUAUAUAUAUUAGUUGUGAUACUUGUUUUAACCUAAAAAUAAAUCUGUUUAUAUAAUAUAACUUAUUAUCAUAUUGUUAUUUUAAAAAUCACAAUUGCAGACAAAUCUUAAUUCCUGUUUAUGAUUAAUUAACCAAUUUUGUUUAUAAAUUAGUGUUAAGCUCUAACAAAUGUUUAUUAGUUAUAAUAAGGGAUAGGGGGUUUAUAUGAAUUGUUUUGUAUAUAUUUUUUUUUGCAGCGUCCCUUUACAAAUUUGGUUAGUCAUGUUAACUUAUUGUCUCAUAUUGAUAUAAAUAAUCUAUUUUUUGUUUUACAUAUUUUAACUAUAAUCAUUAUAAACUCAUGUUUCAUGCUAAAUUUAAACAAAAUUAGGGUAAUAAGCUAAAUGCCACAUCACAUUACCCUUCUAAUUUAAAUUUAUAAAAUCAGUUAUUUAGUCUGAAGAAAAAAAUGUAAAAAUGUAUUAAAAAUGCUAUUGAUUUGUUUAAAAAUAAGACUAGCAAAUAUUAGUUAGCUUACAUAAAAAGUAACUUAAUACAAUCCGUUUUAAAAUUAUAUGACAAUUCUCUUUUCUUUAAUUAUGGUUGACAAUUUAUUGGGAACUUCGAUAUAUAAUUUAUUCUAUUUUUAUUGCAUACUUUAGCAUAUUAAUCUUUAAUAAAAUAAAACGAAUAUUUUACCAUUUCAUAUUACUUUGAAAUCCUAAC